CCGCUUUUUAAAGUCAGUUUGAAUUCAAAAUUAAACGGUCGUUGUUAUUUUUUAAAUCAGAAGUAUGAAUCUGGACUGAAUGCGUUAUUUAGCUCUAGCAGAAGCUGAGGCUGUGUGUUACAGGCAGCGCUGCGGGCAGCCCGGGUCCUGUUACCCAUAAAGCGGUGCGGUCGACUGUGUGACGUUCUCUUUACCCGCAGACUGAGGGAGAACAGGAGUCGUAGCUCCAACAUCCAUCGCUGAUCUACAAUGGCCGAGGAAGGCAUUGCUGCCGGAGGAGUGAUGGAUGUGAACACCGCCUUGCCCGAGGUGCUGAAGACCGCCCUCAUCCAUGACGGGCUUGCCCGUGGCAUCCGUGAAGCCGCCAAGGCUCUGGACAAGCGCCAGGCUCAUCUGUGCGUCCUUGCUGCCAACUGUGAUGAGCCCAUGUACGUCAAGCUGGUAGAAGCCCUCUGUGCCGAGCACCAGAUCAACCUCAUCAAGGUAGAUGACAACAAGAAGCUUGGUGAGUGGGUCGGUCUGUGCAAAAUCGACAGAGAAGGCAAACCCCGCAAGGUGGUGGGCUGCAGCUGCGUGGUCAUCAAGGACUACGGCAAGGAGUCUCAGGCCAAGGAUGUCAUCGAGGAGUAUUUCAAAUCUAAGAAAUAAGGCGAUAAAUAAACCGUUUUGAAAAAGA